AUGGUAUGCCCAUUCUUGCGAGAUGUGGUGGAUGAAGAAGCACUUGUGCUGAGGAGAGCCUUCAGGCGAGAAAGGGUCUUCAGGAACCGGUUGGACCCCCUGGCCUUUCCUGAUGACCAUCUAUAUGAAAGAUACAGGUUUUCUGCAGAUGGCAUCAGGUAUCUAUGCAGACUACUGGGUCCCAGGAUUAAGCACCGCACUGCACGGAGCCAUGCACUGAGUGUGGAGCAAAUGGUUUGUGUGGCCUUGCGCUUUUUUGCUAGUGGAGCCUUCCUGUACUCCGUGGGGGAUACAGAACAGCUGAACAAGGCCACAAUUUGCCGCACAAUAAGGAGUGUGUGUCUGGCUAUCAAAGCAUUAGCAGAUGUCUUCAUCUCCUUCCCUGGCCACAGAAGACUCUGUGACAUCAAAGAGGAGUUCUAUAGGAUUGCAGGUUUCCCCAAUGUCAUUGGUGCAGUGGACUGCACACACAUAAGGAUAAAAGCCCCCUCAGGUGCCCAUGAGGCCGAUUUUGUGAAUAGGAAAUCCUUUCACAGCAUUAAUGUUCAGACAAUAAAGAGAAAGUCCACAGACAUCUCUUCUUAUUUUAAGAAGAAAAGUACAGAAGGAGGAGUGAAAGAGAUGGCUAGGGAGCAACAGAGGCUUAGUAAUAGUGAUGAGAAGGAGGAUGGAGGAGAGGAACAGACAGAGCAGCAUGACAAAGCUACAAAGCCAGUAUUAGGGACAGAACACAAUGAGGAGGAAAAACAGACAGCAGCAGCCCAGGGACAGUCAGCACCAUUGGUCACAGAAGUGUUGCAGGACACGGCAAAAGCAGGUGUUAGACAUGUUCCUGGACCAACAGGUGAAGUUACGAUCACGUGGCCCUAA